CUCUUCAAAUUUUUAGACAUUUUUCCCAUUGACUUAGUAGAGUAUCUUGUAUUUAACUGCUUGGUAUCAAGCUCAGAUUUCUUUAUUGUUUAGGUGUCUCCAUUACCACUUAAAUAAAUGAGAUAAAUAGUACUAGAAUAACAAGUAACGCGGAAACCUGUAAUUAUUUUAGGAAGAAAUGGAAUCACCACUACUUGAUGACUUCUCCGGUGAGCACGGCCAGCUUAUCGGCCCUGAUGGUGAUUACAGGCCUAUUAGAACCAUGAGUUUGAAAGAGUUAUGGGCUGUAUUUUGGAUCGAGACAGUGAAGCUAUGGGAGAUUGGUGGUCCAAUAGCUUUCAAUAUCAUUUGCCAGUACGCACUCUAUUCUAUCACUGUUGCUUUUUGUGGUCAUCUUGGACCAACUGAGCUAUCUGCUGUUACUGUUGCUCAAACUGUUAUCGGCACUUUCUCUUUCGGCGUCAUGAUAGGCAUGGGGAGUGCUCUGGAGACGCUCUGUGGGCAGGCAUUUGGUGCUGGGCAAGUACAUAUGCUUGGAGUUUACACACAACGCUCUAUGAUAAUUCUACUGAUCAGUACCUUCAUUCUCUUACCAAUCUAUGUUUUCGCGACUCCUAUACUUAAGUUCCUAGGCCAAGAUCAUGAUAUUGCUGUUGUUGCUGGAAAGUUCGCCAUUUACACCAUACCGGAGUUGUAUUCCCUGUCUGUCAAUAUUCCCACGUCAAAAUUUCUACAAGCCCAGAGUAAAGUUGGUGUGCUGGCCUGGAUUGGUUUUGUGGCUGUCAUGGUCCAUGCUUUUCUCCUUUGGCUCUUCAUAUAUGUAUUCAAUUGGGGUUUAAUCGGGGCAGCUAUAUCCUUUAAUCUCGUAGGUUGGGCCAACGCGCUGGCUCAAUUUACUUACGUAGUUGUUUGGUGCAAGGAUGGGUGGAAAGGAUGGUCUUGGUCAGCAUUCAAUGAGAUGUGGGCCUUUGUUAGACUGUCAAUUGAAUCAGCUGUUAUGCUAUGCCUAGAAACCUGGUAUAUGAUGAGUAUUAUUCUCCUCACUGGCCAUCUCAAAGAUGCAGUUACUGCUGUUGGAUCCCUCUCUAUUUGCAUAAAUGUUGAUGGAUAUGAAGCAAUGUUUUUCAUUGGAGUCAAUGCUGCCAUAAGUGUUCGGGUCUCAAACGAGCUUGGACUAGGACGUGCCAGGGCGACCAAAUAUAGUGUCUAUGUCACAGUGUUCCAGUCACUUCUCAUUGGGAUUCUCUGCAUGAUUGUAGUAUUGGCAGUAAGAAAUCAUCUGGCCAUUCUUUUCACUGACAACGAGGUUUUAAUAAAAGCUGUUUCUAAGCUUGCUUGGUUUCUUGGAGUAACAAUGCUUCUUAACAGUGUUCAGCCUGUGAUAUCAGGUGUUGCUGUUGGAGGUGGGUGGCAAGGUCUAGUGGCUUACAUCAAUUUGGGUUCUUACUACAUGUUUGGUAUUCCUCUGGGAUAUCUUCUUGGUUAUGUGGCUAACUUCGGAGUCAUGGGACUAUGGGGAGGAAUGAUAGGUGGACUGGCUUUGCAAACACUGCUACUGUCAUUUGUACUCUACAGAAUUGAUUGGAAUAAAGAGGUUGAGCAGACGACAGAGCGCAUGCGGCUGUGGGGUGGUCAAGACCUAGAGACGAAGAAAACUCCAAAGCCCAAAUCUCCAAGGGGUGUAAGAGCUACGAUCUACGCAUGAUACUGAUGAAUGAAGAAUUAUCUUCUUCUUUGUUUUUUGUUUACUAGUGUAUGAUUUAUGAAUGAAGAAUUACCUUCUUCUUUGUUU